AUGGGCAAUCUCUUUUCUACAAAUUCUGUGUCACAGGGAAACCGCCAGCAUUCUCCCCCAGUUAAUUUCAAAACUGAGCCAUACAAUAUUCCUGCGACAGAACUCAAAAAACUCCAGCUGUAUGCCAAUUGUGCAGGAGGGUUCGGUGAUGUCUGGCUGUAUUCUUGGUCUCGGCGACGACAUCCAGUUGGAACGUCCAAGGUUGCGGUCAAAUUAAUCAGGGUUCCUCAAGCAGAUGAUACGGAACUGGUGAAUAGGACAAGCAAGAGGAUUCGUCGCGAGGUUCAUGUUUGGAUUGACCUAGAGCAUGAUCAUAUUCUUACUUUCAAUGGUAUCGUUGAUGGUUUGGGGCCACUACCUGCCUUGGUCUCUCCAUGGAUGGAAAAUGGAUCACUCGAUAGUUAUCUAAAACAGGGACCUGUUCUUUCCAAGGCCGAGAAACUGAGAAUGUUGAGACAGAUAGCGGCCGGCCUCAAGUAUUGUGCAUCUAUUUUUUUUUCUGUAUCUGGAUCAGACAUGCUCAUCGACUUGUUAGUACACGACAAAGGAGUGGUCCAUGGCGAUUUAACAUGUACCAAUGUUCUAAUGAGUGCCAAUCAGACGCUCCAUCUUGCGGACUUUGGUCUCUCAGUGGUUCUUUCAGAGUCACAAAACUCCACCUUCAAUUCGUGCCACCCAGGAAAUGUGCGGUGGAUGGCGCCCGAGUUGCUUGCUUUACCUGAGGAAGGGGGAGUGGUCAUGCCAACCAAAGCUGCCGAUGUUUACUCGUAUGGUUGCAUCAUGCUUCAGGUGUUUUGUGGAUGUGCACCUUACCUCUGGCUACCGGAUGUGUUCCGCGUUAUUGCGGCAAGACUCACAGGAACAGCACCCUUCCGUCAUUUCCGUGACAUCGAGGACGUACACAAGGAGUUUUCGUUGAGAUGCAUAACUGUCGAUUCCGGAGGCCGACCAGUAGCUUCUGAGAUUGUAGGGUUCUUACCAACAGAGUGACAACAAUAUGAAUGAACUAGCCUAGGAUACUAUGUACUCGGAACGACAUCUAUGUGCUUCCCGAUUUAUCACUGCCUUGUUUACAUACACUAUGAGGACCGGCAUUGCAUGUAGUCUGCUAACGCAUUAGAUUUAGUAUUGCUCCUACAUAAAUACAAAUACAGCUAGUGUAUCAUACACAUACGACACCGAGAAGUGAGAGCAGACACGGAGCAAUAU